AUGGCAAAGCUCACUGAUGAUGCCUACUACGAUGCCGGCGAAACGUCUGAGAAUGUAUCAAGUCCACGGUCAGAUGCUAGGAAUCAAGACAACUACUAUGGCAGACACGAGGCCGGCGAAACGUCUGAGAAUGUAUCAAGUCCACGGUCGGAUGCUAGGAAUCAAGACAACUACUACGGCAGACGACUUCGCGAUGCCGGCGAAACGUUUGAGAAUGUAUCAAGUCCACUGUCAGAUGCUGGGAAUCAUGACAACUACUAUAGCAGACGACGUCCACUGUCAGAUGCUGGGAAUCAUGACAACUAUUCGGCAUGCCGGCGAAACGUUUGA